CUUAAGAGUACCAACUUGUAUGUUUGCUCAACAAACAGUGACGUUUAGUCUCUUGACUCAUCCCGCCGCCCACCGGCAUCUCCGCUCUUCAAUUUUUUUUUUUUUCAACCUUCUACGCCCCUCAUUCUCGAACUUCUGGAAUCUAAACAGGAAGUUGAUUGACUCAAAGAAUCGAUCACAUCUGAUCCUGGACAGAAACCUGUACUCCUGAGGGUGAAGACCCGGAACCCUACCUAAGACCGCGAUACUUUAUUGACUAUUACUAACAUACACCUGAGCUGGCUGCAUCCCCUGCGCCACUGGCGGGGAUGUCUCAACAACACACCAAUAUUGCACGCUCGGCGAUCAUGACAAGCGCGUCAACGCCCGAAUCUUCGCACAAUCGUGUAGUAGAUAGUCCCGACGGGGUUUUGUCGAACGGGAAUUCCAGGCCCGGGAUCGGGAAAGAUGCGAAUCUUAUGCCUCCGGCAAAGACACUGGUCGGAAGAGCGCUAGGAAACGACCUGCAUUCCGAUGCCCACAGAGGCUCACAGGCAUCCAAGGAUGGUGUCGGGUUCGCCCUAACUGACACUCCGGUUUCAACCGCCCCUUCGUCUCCACAGUUCAAUGCUAAUAACACACCAACUACGACCUCGUCGACCCCCGGCCGAGUUCGUGCCACCACACUUGAUAUUCCAGGUCUCACCAAAUCUAAGGUGUCUCCCGAUGGCCGCAUUGCUCAACGUGAUGUCGGCUCCAAGCUAGUCAUCGUGAUGGUCGGCCUCCCUGCACGGGGAAAAAGCUAUGUGACCAAGAAGUUGGCCCGGUACCUGAACUGGUUGCAACAUGAUACCGAAAUAUUCAACGUCGGAGAACGUCGUCGCGUUGCUGCUGGGAAGUCCCCAUCACCCCCUGGAAGACACAGGAACCAUAGAACGAGUUCGAUCCAGAAGGAUCUCGUCGAUUCGGUGCGUCGCCUGAGCGUCAGCGUUGGUGCCAUGAAUGCCUCCAGAAAGAAUACCAUCCCUUCUGAGGCCGUGCUCUCACCUCCUGAGGUCCCUGAGGCUACGGCUUCCCCUCCCGAACUCGAGAACUCCCUUCCGCCGCCGGUUGUCCCCACGAAGAUCCUCGUCAACGGAAAGGAGGAAGAGCCUCCUUCAAGGCAGAACGGAACCACCAUUGUGCCGCCGUUCAACGCGUCGCUAGAAGACCAACAGGCCAUGCAAGAAGCUUCCCCUGAGCCGCUUGACCAGUCUGCAAGCUUCUUCGACCCCAAAAAUCAGUUGGCGGUGAAGCUAAGGGAGCAGGUGGCCUUAGACACCUUAGACGAGCUCUUAGAUUAUAUCCUCGACAGGGGUGGUAGCGUUGGUAUCCUCGACGCGACUAACAGUACGAUGGAGCGCCGCAAAGCGGUUGUGGAUCAUGUUCGCAAACGUGCUGGCCCCGAGCUCGGUAUUCUGUUCCUUGAAAGCAGUUGCGUGGACCCAGAGCUACUAGAGGCCAACAUGCGGUUGAAGUUGUCGGGCCCGGACUACAAAGGCCAGGACCCGGUGAAAGCACUGGAAGAUUUUAAGCGGCGUGUCGCAUUAUACGAGAAAUCCUACGUGCCCCUCGGUGAAUACGAGGAAAGGAAUAAUAUGGCUUAUAUUAGAAUGAUUGACGUGGGUCGCAAGGUUGUGUCGCAUCAGACUCAUGGUUUCCUCUCGUCUCAAGUGGUGUACUACCUCCUCAACUUCAACCUCUCCCCCCGGCAAAUCUGGAUCACUAGGCACGGCGAGAGCAAGGAUAACCAGGCGGGCCGGAUCGGUGGUGACUCGCAACUCAGCGAGAACGGUCACCGUUAUGCAAAAGCGCUCACUCAGUUUAUAGAUCAUCAGCGAAACGAGUGGGAAAUGAACCAAAGACAGAAGGAGAUGAUGCAAAAGUUCCCGCCGCGCCCAGGUGAUAGCACCCCACCCAACCCUUCAUAUAUCCCUAGUGACCGGCCCCGCAAUUUCUGCGUGUGGUCCUCCAUGAUGCAGCGUGCGAUUUCAACCGUGGAGUCUUUCAACGAAGAUGAGUACGAUGUCAAGCAAAUGAAGAUGCUUGACGAGCUUCAUGCGGGAAAGAUGGAGGGCAUGACAUAUGAUGAGAUCCGUGAAAAGUUUCCUGAUGAUUAUGCGGCUCGCAAACGAGAUAAGCUAUACUACAGAUAUCCAGGGCCCGGCGGCGAAGGGUACCUAGAUGUCAUCAACCGGCUUAGAGCAGUGAUCGUCGAGGUGGAGCGAAUGACCGAUCAUGUUUUGUUAGUCACUCACCGAGCUGUGGCUCGUGUUCUUCUGGCUUACUUCAAGGGUCUCAAAUGCGACGAGGUGACCGACCUGGAUGUGCCCCUAGGAAUGUUGUAUAUGCUUGAGCCCAAGCCAUAUGGGGUUGAAUUCAAAGCCUAUCGCUACAAUCCGAGUACCGACUGGUUUGAUUAUAUUCCCAAUUUCGAACUGCGCCAGACCAACACAAGUUAGAUCGUGACUUCCGUUUCAGAUAUAGACGGGAUAUGAUCUCCAUCUUUAGAAGCUUGUACUGAUCCGUGCCGUAUCUCCGGCGUUGUUAUGACUUGCCUAUGAAUAUUUGCUUCUGGUGUUAUGGUUAUUCUGGU